AUGUCAGCGCCAGUACUUCCCCUCCAGCCUGUCAAGCUGCCUCCCGGACCGUCGCCUUUGACCCCAGAGCAAACAUACUGGCGCACUUUCAAAUCACAGCAGCUCGUGCCCUCGCCCUCAAACAACCCAAUCACUCACAUCUCCAGCCCCCUACCUCCAUCAAAUGCCCUCGCUCAAGCGUCAGACCACUUCGCAGUCACAACCGGAACUCGUGUACAGAUCUUCUCUGUCCGGAGCCGCAAACUUGUGAAGACUAUAUCUCGCUUCGACGACAUUGCCCAUGGCGCCGAGGUCAGACGUGAUGGCCGUGUCAUGGUUGCUGGAGAUGAGGGCGGCACAAUACAGGUCUUCGAUGUCAAUUCAAGGGCUAUUCUCAAAACUUGGAAAGAGCACAAGCAGCCGGUGUGGACCACCAAGUUUUCGCCUACAGAGCCAACAACUUUGAUGAGCGCGAGCGACGACCGCACUAUCCGAUUGUGGGAUCUCCCGAGUCAGGAUAGCACAACGACAUUCGUUGGUCACCAGGAUUAUAUCAGAAGUGGGGCGUUCAUGCCAGGACAAGGGUCUGGGCUUCUGGUUUCUGGAAGUUAUGAUCAGACAGUUAAGCUGUGGGAUCCUAGAGCUCCGUCAAACGCAAUCAUGACGUUCAAACAUGGAGCUCCUGUUGAGGACGUGUUGCCCAUGCCAUCUGGAACCACCAUACUUGCGGCUGCAGACAACCAGAUAUCAGUGCUCGAUUUGGUUGCAGCACGGCCUCUACAAAUAUUGAAGAACCACCAGAAGACCGUCACAUCCUUAUGCUUAGCCUCGAACAACACAAGGCUUGUGAGUGGAGGAUUGGACGGUCACUUGAAGGUGUUCGAGACUACUGCUUGGAAUGUGGUGGCCGGGUCGAAAUACUCAUCGCCUAUACUCUCAUUAUGUGUCAUUAGCGCUGGUAAUGCGCGGGAAGAUCGUCAUUUGGCAGUGGGUAUGCAAAAUGGAAAUCUCUCAAUCAAGACACGGCUGUCUGGACAGCAGAAGGUCAAGGAAAGGGAACGGCAAAAGGAGAUGCAAGCAUUGAUCGAAGGCAAUAUUGAAGAACUUGAUAGGAAGAGAGCAAAGAAGAGGCCGAAGGGAUUGGAGAAACGCUUCAGAGGUCAGGACUUCACUGGCGAAGGCGCAGACAUCAUCAUCGAGGGACGAACCAAGGGCAAUUACAAACCCAAACCGUGGGAAGCUCAACUACGAAAAGGGAAAUACGCAGCAGCUCUAGACGAAGUGCUACAAGGCCAAAACCUCACUGCAACAACAACCCUCCUGACCGCCCUCCGUCACCGUUCUGCAACAAGGACCGCAUUAUCCGGUCGAGACGAUGUAUCCCUCCAGCCCAUCUUCAAAUGGGUAUGCAAGCACAUCACAAACCCUCGAUAUGUCAACCUGUGCGUCGAUGUAGGCAUGCUCAUCCUCGACCUCUACUCAUCACACAUGGGGGAGUCUCCUGAGAUAGAUCGACUCAUGGCACGACUACAUAAAGUGGUUCGCGCGGAAGUGGAGAGGUCACAGCAAGCUUGGCAAACAGAAGGAAUGCUCGGGAUGCUCGUCAACUCGGUGGGUUGA